UCGGAAAACUGGGACCUUAUCGUACCUUAUGCUCUGCAGUUUCUUUCCGCCGAACCGCCAGCACCUCAGUCUGGAGCCGGUAAUGUCCCUUCUCUAUCCAGGUCUAACUUUGCUUCUGUGACCAAAAUUGCCGCUUUCAGUGAAAGUCUCCCUGCAAAUGCACAGAACGGGUGUGACGAAUCUUUGAUAACUCCUAUCAGCUCCUCCUCUCAAGAUACUUCAGCUUCUGUCACUCAAGUCACCAUGGCUGGAUCAUCAGCUCCUAGCAUCUGUGCAACGACUAGUCUAAGGGCAUCACGUCGUGUUACUUGUCCACGCGCUUAUGUUGCACGACAGGCG